CGCCGGAGACACGCAGCGGGUGUGAAUGCGGGCUGCGGGGAUCAACCCGCUCUAAGAGCUGCUGAAGUUUGACCAGCAGGAAGUUCCGAUCCGUCCGAAGCCGCUUCAGACCCAGAAGGAUGAACUGCAGGCGGGACGUGCGGUCCUCAGUAAUGAUUAACCUGGAAGAGAAGAAGGAAAUCCUGCCUCCUCUUUAGAACCUGAUCCACUGCUCCUCUUUAUUUAUUCAACCUCCUGUUGCUCCUCCUCAGGAUCAGCUCCCUGCAGCAGCAGCUGGGCAACAUGGCCUUUUUAACCAAAAAGAAAAGGUUCAAGUUUCAGGUGCAUUUCACUCUGGAGGAGCUGACAGCAGUGCCCUUUGUCAAUGGAGUCCUGUUCUGUAAGAUCCGGCUGGUGGAUGGGGGGGACUUUGCCAGCACAUCAUCCAGGGAGGAGGUUCAGCAGAACUGUGUUCGAUGGGGGAAGAAGUUCUCCUUCGUGUGUAAAAUGAGUGCCAAUCCCAUUACAGGAGUGUUGGACCCCUGCAUCUGCAGAGUCUCUGUACGCAAGGAACUGAAGGGAGGAAAAUCCUUCUCUAAGCUGGGUUUCGCUGAUCUCAACAUUUCUGAGUUCGCGGGUUCAGGCUCGACGUUCCGCUGCUGCAUCCUGGAGGGUUACGACACUAAAAACACUCGGCAGGACAACUCCAUUCUCAAGGUUACCAUUGGGAUGACUCUUUUGUCUGGGGACCCCUGCUUUAAAACGCCCCCCAGUACGGCUAAAUCUGUGCUGAUUGGUGGCGAGGAUCCCAACCUGCAGCUGGACUGUAAGGGGGAGAGCACCAACGCCACAUUGCAGCCACUCGGGCGCAUCGUAGAGGGAACUAGUGCCUUCAAACCCCGACAAUCAUCAGUACGUAGUUCAGGGCUUUCUGAUCAUGGAGACAGCCUUCCGAGUCCAGAUGAGGUCUUCCUGAGUCGGCAUGUUCGGAGCGCCAGUCAGCACAGUAAAAUAUCAGGCUACAGCACAGGUCACUCUCGCUGCUCCAGCCUGAACGACCUCAGUCACCACAGAAACGCCUCCUCCAGCAGCAGCGCCUCCUGCGGGGUCGCUCACUCCUCUCAGCCACCUCCCUCCACUCCCAUCAAUCCUCUACGACAAGCAGCUCCUACCAAGCCGGAGAGACCUCCUCCCCCCUCUGCAGCAGCCAUUCUGUCCAACAGGUCCUCCAGGAGGAAGAAGGAUGCCGUGGAGAGUCGGCACAGCUGCGUGGACGACACGCGCAUCGAUGCCGACGACAUCGUGGAGAAGAUUAUUCAGAGCCAGAAUUUCUCUGAGGGCAGCAGCGAUGAAGACAGCCACUUGAGACUGUUUGUCAGCAAAGAUGGGAGCACCGCCCUCGCCGGGACGCAGCUCGCCACCAGAGGAACGCCUGGGAUCUUUGAGCCGGUGGUGAUAGAGACUCGCUGAGAUUCCUCCUGCUCCUUCCCCUGCUGGCUCUGUCGGAGAUUGUUCUCGUGUGUUAAAUCCGGUGGUGGGAGGCAGUAUUUUGAUGCUGUCUAACAAAGCGAUAGCAGGAAUGUAGUUUGAGCGAGUCAAAGUCCAGGUGCGCCCGACCGCUCAGGAUGAUUCCAUCAAUUCUGUUUAAUCCAGCAGCAAAGACCUGGCAGGAUCCAGGCCUGGCGCCAUCUUUUACGUUUUCAUGUUUUUUUCAUCCUGAUCUCCAAACUGCAGCACACUAAAGGUUAGCGUCGCAGGGGCUCACCACUACGUUUCACUUUAUCUUCAGAAAAUGGAUAAGAUGUAGAUUUAUUUUAAAUGUUUAAUUUUUUCUACCAAAACUGACCUAAGGAAAUGGAUAAAAAGCUGCAAAAAAUCAAGAAAACAGGUGAUAAAACCCAAACUAAACCCCAAAAAAGUUUCAGAUCAGCUGAUUUCUAUUUUGCGAAAAUUUAUAACUAAACUUAAAAGUUUGUGGCGUUUAAAGGAAAAGUCCGGUCGGCAAGAAAUGAUCAAUGGAUCAUUAUUUAUACCUA